ACCCUGAUUCAGGGACUCUGAUUGCUGGCUCUUUCCUGACUACAGUUUCAGCUUCAUUGAAGGAUUCCCUGACUUCGGCUUCAUCUCAGCAUCCAAAACCAGCUACAACUUCUUGGGUAGCACCAGUGUCUACUUCUUGGGCAGCAGGCGGUGCUAUGCCCCAGCUGUCCAAUUUCACCGGCUCCGUUAAUGACCGGGGGAUCUGCCAGUGCUCGGUUUCCCUGCCAGAUACCACCUUUCCUGUGGAGAAAAUGGAGCGCUUGGAGUUCACAGCUCACUAUCUUUCUCAGAAGUUUGAGAAAGAGCUUUCUAAAGUGAAGGAAUAUGUCCAGAUAAUCAGUGUAUAUGAAAAGAAACUCUUAAACCUAACUGUCCGAGUAGAGUUCAUGGAAAAGAAUAGCAUUUCUUACACUGAACUGGACUUUGAGCUGAUCAAGAUAGAAGUGAAGGAGAUGCACAAACUGGUCAUAAAACUGAAGGAGAAUUUCAUUGGAAGCACAGAAAUUGUUGAUCAGCUGGAAGUGGAGAUAAGGAAUAUGACUCUCCUGGUAGAGAAGCUGGAAACACUAGACAAAAACAAUGUCCUUUCCAUUCGCAAAGAAAUCUUGGCUCUGAAGACAAAGCUGAAAGAAUGUGAGGACUCUAAAAGUGAACUUGCUCCUCUGGGUCCCCCUCCUCCUGCUCCAGGGAGCUGUAGUCAUGGUGGUGUGGUGAACAUCAGCAAACCAUCUGUGGUCCAGCUCAAUUGGAGAGGGUUUUCCUAUAAGUACGGUGCCUGGGGACGGGAUUACUCUCCCAAGCAUCCAGAGAAAACAUUGUAUUGGGUGGCACCUUUGAAUACAGAUGGGAGGCUAUUGGAAUAUUACAGACUUUACAACACACUGGAUGAUUUGCUAUUGUACACACAGGCUCAAGAAUAUCGAAUUACCUAUGGUCAAGGCAGUGGUAUAACAGUUUACAACAAGAACAUGUAUGUGAACUGGCAAAACAGCAGGAACAUUGCCAAAGUUAAUCUGACCAACAACAGGGUUGAAGUUACUCAAACUCUCCCUAAUGCUGCCUAUACUAACCGUUUUUCAUAUGCUAAUGUGGCUUGGCAGGAUAUUGACCUUGCUGUGGAUGAACAUGGACUAUGGGUGAUUUAUGCAACUGAAGCCAGCACUGGUAACAUAGUGAUUAGUAAACUCAAUGACACCUCACUUGAGGUGCUAAACACUUGGGUUACCAAGCAGUACAGACCAUCUGUUUCUAAUGCCUUCAUGGUUUGUGGGGUUCUUUAUGCCACCCGUACUUUGAACACCAGAACGGAAGAGAUUUUUUACUACUAUGACACAAACACGGGGAGAGAAGGCAACCUAGCCAUCACAAUGGGUAAGAUGCAGGAAAGAGUGCAGAGCAUUAACUAUCACCCUUUUGACCAAAAACUUUACGUCUAUAAUGAUGGUUACCUCCUCGAUUAUAAACUUUUCUUCCUGCCAGAAGCUCAGUAAACUGUCAAGCUGUUAGGGUGAAAGAGAAAUACGAUCUUUAUUGAAAAUGGUCUUCUCCACUUACUUAGGUAUCUGCAGGGAAUCUCAAAGUGUAU